AUGUCGCACUUCGCCAUCAUCUGCCAGCAGCGCAAUGCUGAGCUCCCUAUAUCGCGUUUGCCUCCGGAGAUUCUAUGCUCUGUCUUCCACAUACUACAAGAACUGGAGCCGAUCUUCCCGUCCGACCUGUCUUUCUACCCUACUAUUCUUACGGGUGGACUGUCGGGGUGUCUCGCUUGGAUGAAAAUCCUGCACGUCAUGCACUCCUGGAGGACUACCGCACUGGGGGACGCCACGCUUUGGACGGCAGUCUCAUCGUCUCUCAGUCGCGAGGCUUUCGAGGAGACAAUGCGUAGGCGCCGCGACUCCGACGCGCCUUUACAUGUAGACCUGAGCACGUCUCUCGAAGGCGCCCGAUGGGGGAACGUCACGCCCCGUGAUUACAUCGUUCAUCGGACGGGGCUAGAGUCCAUCACCUCACUACAAGUCAUCGGGCGCUCCCUUCCUUUGCUGCAGCCACGCGUGCAGAUGGCAAAGCUGCAAUCGCUCAGCGUACAUCUCACCAGUGACGGCCCUGCUACACUCCCGCGUGAGCUUCCCCUCAUCGAAGCACCCGCCCUGCGACGACUUUACAUACACAAUGUGAUUCCAUGCGAGCACUCCGGCACUUCUACCCGUCCUUUGGACGUUGCGCCUCUCAACAACCUCACCCACCUCACUCUAUCCAUGCAUCCAGACAAACUCGACUGA